UGUGCACCUGUUCCUGCCAGGUGCGCAGCCAUGGCUAACCUGCAGCAGGAAUACCCCGGAGUCCUCUUGGGGAUCCUGGAGGAACUGGCUAAUAUGCGUCAGUGGUUGACUUUCCAGGACCUUUGUCGCAUGGUCAGCACCCGCUUUGACCUGGAACAUCUCAUCGAGCUCAGGAGUUUGUUGUUUGACGCUGCUAGUCGGGACCCCUGUUUUCCAGCGACUCUCUUUCGGGACCGGGUCUCCGCCAGAGGACAAGGCCUGUCACCGAUAGGGGUCGCUGCCGACAUCGUGACGAUAUUUAAUCUUAUUCAAAUGACGGGAGGGGUCACUGAUGACGGCCAACCAAUGAGCGCUCAGACAGUUCUUCCUGUGGACCAGUCCCCUGGCCUCAGUCUGCCUGGAGUCUACCAGCUGUACAUUCCUGGUGGGGAAAGAGCACGGACUCACUCAGACUCCGCUGGCAGCCGUUUUGACAGACACUUGCUGUUUCCCAAUUCCAAUUACUCAGCACGCAAACGGUCCAGUCUUCCCCCGGAUCCUAUCUCACUUAUAUCUCCUCCUCGGGUCAGGACGCGGGCUGUGUCUUUUGACUUGCCUCACACCACACUUUUGUACCCCAGUGGUCAAAGCCCCAGCGAGGCCAUGAAGAGUAUUUACUUACCUUUGGAGACAGACAGCGAGUCAAGUGCAGAUACAGCUCCUGUUGAGGUGUUUGAAAUGGAACAGGAGUCAUCAGUCGACCAGAGGAGAAACGCCUUUAAGAAGGACUUCCACAACCAGCCAACUCUCAUUCCGCAGGUGACCGUCAACAGCGAGUCUCCCAGUCCCAAAGAAGAGAAAGGCUUUGACAACCAGAGCUUUGAUAUCAUCCCUAACCCUUACCCCUCACCCAGCACAGUCCAACAGUCUCCAGAUCAGCGGACUAAACAUGAAGGUACUGACGAUUUACAGGACUCAACGUACUUCGGACCUGUGUCAAUCCCUGAGCGCUCUCCCAAACACUUGCAGCCCCCCCGAAGCCGAAGACCCUUCUGGAGCAACAAGAGUCACAGUUUAGAGGACAGGAUCAGCCCGGCAAGUGCUGGGUUAGGGCUUGAGUCUCGUGGCGUACAACAACCCAGGCGAUCAACGCCUGCUAUUAGCAAACUGGGGCGCUCUUUGGGAGGUGAGAUUGGUGAUACUGGAAUUGAUGGACUCAAGGCUCAAGGAACCCAGACCGAUCUUCCGGAUUCUAGGCGCCUCCGUAGUCUGGUCCAUGCUGACCGUCUGUCCUUCAUGACUUCAUUAGAUGAUCCCGAAUUUGGUGAGGAUGACAUCAGUGCCAUAUUCCGCUUCUUAGAUGACAUAAGCAUGUGCGGGUCCACGGGAGUGCUUCACCCGAAUGAUGGCCUCAACCAGGACACCCCAGAGGCCAGACGAGGCCGCCUAGGCCAACUCCAAAGGCUGUUCCACUCGCUGGAAAGCAAUGACGAUGGACUAAAAGCCAGUGUGUGUAGACUCUUGCUGCGCAUGAACCAGAUCGAGCGACAACUGGAGUCACUAAAUGACGUCAAGGCUGAGAUUUCUCAGGUGUUGUCAGCUCUGCAGCGUCUGGAUGAAAAGAUCCCGCAGCCCGCCGUCAGUAACGGACAUUGCACCGACGACCGAUGGCUAGAGCCCCUCAGCGGUGUCUCCUCCUUCAUGAGCCACCCCCUCACCCCCUCGGAGUCAUCCGAGCCUCAGCCUCUGUCUGCGUCGGGACAUCUCUUCCCAGCCACCAGCACCAGUAGUCUGGACUGGAACAGGUGGAUCAACCCUCGGGAGAAAACCGACAGCAGCGAGGCUCAAGUCAGUAAAGACGCGUCAUCAUUUCGCGGCUCAAAAAAGCAGCUUGGAGAGAAAGGGAAUGCAGAUGCCAAGCAAGCAAACCUGUCAACCACUGCCAAAGACUGGAGUGUGUCUUUCUCAAAAAUGAAAGGUGGAAAAUCUCCAGAUGGAAAAAGUGGGAAGCCAGAUCAGUCAAGCGGAAGGGCAAAACUCCUCUCCCAGAAGUCGUCCAGCCUGGUGGAACAAAUUUUUGGUUCGUCUUUGUUUGGCAACAAAGAAAGCAGCUUGACUGGCGGACUGACGUCUGGGAAGAUGAUGGACCCCAGACUGGCUGAAGGGAGAGGGAGACCCAUCUGGACUGUUGAUGACAGAGAGGCGCGCAUAUCUCCUUAUGAUUCUCAGACCCAUGAUUCCCUCAACCCCAACAAUAUGGAGUUCUGGAUGGACGACACUCCGGGUUACGAUGCUCUACUCAGGCGUAAAGAGGCGGGCAUACGCCGGGCCAAAGUCUGCAAGUUCCUGGCACUCCUUGCCACCGUCCUGGUUGUGGUUCUCAUCGUGGUCAUUCCCAUUUGCACCGUGAGAUCAUGAGCUUGUUUCUGACAUUUUCUACAGCUGCUCUGUAACCUUGUACUCGCACGGCAUCCUGAUAGACAUGAUUUGAAUGUGACACGAGAAGU